CGGAAAUAGGUAAAAAAAGACAAAGAAAUAGCACCGUCGGUAUUUGGGAGGGGAAAACUGUAUUUUAAAAAAAUCGAGCAGGUUUUACCAUUUAUAUACAGCGUACGAUCCACUAAUAUCUGCUUUUAUACCUUUUCAAACGUCAACUUUGUAUGGCGUAGGAGUUAGUUUUAGAAUAAAUUGAACAGAAAAAAAGUCAAGAGAGCCUAAGAUUGAUGCCAUGGAAGUAGUGGAAUGCCUUCGCGGAAAUUAAAUCUGAGCAUUUAACAGCAACAGGUAUAAGAUAUUUAUAUUUUUAGCACCCAAAAUCCAAGGAGCAAGAAUCGGCCUUGUAUCCUGGGGUUAGCACAGACAUUCAACAAACUUCCCCAAAACAGAGUAACUGCAUAAUCCAUUACAGAAGUUUACUGCCACCUAUGGGCGACGGCUCUGUUAUGGAGCACAAGUCGCGGGAUCGAAUCUGACUGCUGCUUGGUCUCCCUCGUCUUCAGGGUUAUUAGCGUUCGCUGUAUCUUUAAGACAUUAUGGCUGCUACCGUGAGGUUUAUUCUGGCCCUUAGUCUCGGCCUCAGCCUGGGCCUGCUUUCGGCUGACGGUAAGGAUACUGACAGUUGUCGGUGCCCUUCACUCUCGGAAGUUACGUUCGCUUCGUUGGAGGAAGAUAUGUGCGCGCUUACUCCUCCUCUGCUCAACCCUCCUAGGGUUAUACAGCUUGAUGAUGUCUUACUGGAGAGAACCUUGGAUUUUCAGCGGUAUAAUAGGGGCUACAUGGCAAUGCUGUUCCAUGCUUCAUGGUGUCCAUUUUCAAAGACGUGUCGAUCCGUGUUUGAUAUUUUAUCAUCAUUAUUUCCCAACAUACAUCACGUAGCCAUUGAGGAGUCAGCUGUUAUGCCUAGUGUGCUUUCAAGGAAUGGAGUUCACAGUUUCCCAUCCCUUUUUCUACAGAACCAGACAUCAAGGGUUCACUAUCAUGGAUCGAAAGAUCUUAAGUCCCUUGUGCUUUUCUAUAAAGAGAUUACAGGUGUUGAGCCCAUCAAUUCUGACUAUCUGGCAAAGGACUAUAGAAGUAGCUUCAGUAGCCACUUUGGUGUUGAUUAUGGUCAAAGCAAAGAAUACUCUCUUCAGCAGGAGCCUUAUUUGAUAUUUGCAUUGCUUUUUCUCACUGCAAGAGUUCUUCUUUAUCUCUUCCCAAAAGUCUUAGUACGGAUCAAGCAUUGCCAGUUUGAGGACUUGUGGCAUCUAAAUUUGGCUCGUUUGGGUGAAAAUGCAUCACCUUUCUUAAAACACGCCCUGCACAUGGUCAAUCUAAAUAGAAUUUGGAGUCGUUUGAAGCGCUCUAAGACGAGGAACUUCCAAGAAGGUGCUAAAAAUGCCAGAGUAUGGGCUUCAUCAUUGGCCUCUGUUUCUCUUGGUAAAGGGUCGGCCAACAGAUCUGGUACUAGCAGUGAAUCUCGAUAAGAUCCAUGAUCAGAGCUUAGAUAUUUUUAUAAUGAAACAUAAAGACAGACAAAAAAGGUGGAUUUAUUUCAGUACCUAAAAAAUGCUCUUUGAAUGAAGUAUCUAUAGAACUGGACAUGAGAAUCUUUAGUUUCUUUCACAUAAUCACAGAUUCAAGUGUCUCUGUAAAUUAGAGACCUGCUUCAAGUAAGAACUUGGAAGUCCAUCAUUAAUGUUCAGAUGAGAUUCUGAUGCCAAGAAUUAUUGCUGUUUUUAACUGCAAUCAUUAGAUUGAUCUGCAAGAACUUUUAAUGAAUGCUUCUUGUGCAUUGCACCUGGUAUCUCUUUCUCAGAGUAUUCGGGUAUGCACGUGUUUUUGCCAUGGUUAAAAUCGUGUGCUCUUCGUUUCAAGUUGUUAAAUUCAGUUUGUCUGAACAAUUUAAACAUGUCAAUACACCAAUUACAAUCUAUCGUAUAAAUCUAAUUUUCUCAACAAUAUAGGCAUAAGGCAAUUCUGCAUGGAGAUUGUCA